AUGUCGCGUGCUUCUUUGCGUGGCAGUGUUGUGCUGAAAUGCUCAGUCGACGCUGCUGGUGGUGGCCGCGACUUGCGCCACACCAUCUACACAGUCAUCUCCGAGCAGGUCCGCAGGGAGGUACUUCUGCAGCAUUUCGUGGACCAAGCCGCGGGACUCACAAGCCUGCCGGUCCACAUCUUGUCCGACAUCGACAUGACGGUUUGGGUUGGGACUUUCGGAGCAGGUGGUCCAAAGUUUCCGACUGGUCCAGUUCCCGGUGCUCUUCCACUUUUCCAUGCGCUGGGAAACCGCGUGACAUUCCUCUCUGCAAGACCACCGAUGUGGGAGGGCCAGACCAGGCGGCUGUUGGUGGAUGAUAUUGGCAUUGCGGAGGCUGUGGUGCUGCCUGGAUCCUUGAAGGCCGUCGCCCAGGUGCUCUUCGCACCGGAGCAAGCUCGGCAAGCGAUGGCGGAGCGCAAAACAGAAGUUUUCGGGCAGUUUGCAACGCUGCAUCCCGAAGCUCGUUUUGUGUUUAUCGGCGACAGCGGCGAGGGAGACAUUGACUUUGCAGAAGAAUUUAUGGCAGUGGCUGAUGGGCCUGUUCGGGCGGCUCUGAUUCACGAUGUCGUGAGGUCUGAUGGUGUUGUGCCAAAGAGCUCCAAUCAACGCCGGGCUGACCUUCACCUCCGUGGCAUCCAUGUUUUCGACACCUAUGCAGGUGCUGCAUUGGAACUCUUCCGCCAAGGGCUGCUGGACAUGGAGGGGCUCCGUUUGACUACGCACGGCUGCCUGGAGGAGUUUGCAGAGAUCAACCCAGACGAAUUUGCUUCCCUGGAGGUCUUUGAAACUCGGAGAAUGGAGCUGCUCCGUGAUGUGAGGGAAGUGAACACAGCCCUCCGUACAGCUGGCUCAACUGAGUCCACAGCCUCAGGACAGGGCCAUCAUGUAAGCAAAGCAACGCUGCAAUUUCUCAAGCAUAUUGCCAUGUGGGUGGGUGGAUUCUGUGAACUGUGGAGGCUUCAGGCUAAAGGUCAUACUAUGCCUUAA